AUGGCAGCGAACUCUAUGGCCACCGGCCACCUCCAGGUCCUGCGGGAUCCGGCCAACACCUCUCAGGAGGGCAUUGACGUUGUUCUUGUUCCUGGCACCGGAAUCAUCUCACCAGAGAACUGGUCGUUUGCUGACCGAAAUUGGCUCGCCACCCUCCCUGAGCCUGGUCCUAGGGCACGUAUCCUUGCGUAUGGAUACACUUCGCCAUUUCCAGACACCACAUUCUCUUGGGAGUCGAUUCUAAUGCUAGGUUACGAUUUCCUCCAAUGUUUGAGCGAUGCACGAUCGAAGUUAGACACACAUCUUACUGACAGCAAGCCAAUGGUGGUAGUCUGCCAUAGCUUGGGAGGAAUUAUAGUCAAACAAGCUUUGUGCGUCGCCAACAAACAGUUUCAUCGAUAUGGGUCAAUCGUCAACGCUUUAGCCGGUAUCAUCUUUCUAAGCACUCCGCACCGCUAUGCUGACAAAACUACGUGCGCUGUACAUUUCCGCGAAAUCUUGGAAGCAACAACAGGCAGGGGCUCAAAGCUCACAAACGCCAUUACCGAGCGAGAAGGUGCCAUUCUGCUCGAUCUUGCAGACAGAUUCGAAGGAAUCUCGCUUCGCACGCCCAUGCUAUCCGUCUAUGAACUGAGGGAGUCUAGAAUUAGUUCCACGCCCCUGCGUCCAAAGUACCAACAAUUGGUCGACCGUGAAGCUUGUUCGACUCAUGCUCCCAUGGAAACCGUCGUUGGUCUAAAUCUUGACCAUCACAAUACAUGUGUUUUCACUGAAAGCAUUGGCGGUGAAGGCUUACGGGAGCUGAACGAGUUUAUGCACAAGGUCAUGGUAGAUGCUGUGCAGCUUGUUGCACUUCGACGGAGAGAACAGGAUUACCAGUACGCAACAAUGAGCGCUUACUCGCCUACGAUCAGCGAAACACCACUUCAAGCCGAGCAACUGGAGCUUUCCGAACAACCUUCUAAUACAGCAACGGAAUGGCCUUCGAAUGGAGCAACGGAAGGGACUACACCUUCGGGGUUUGAGUUGGUUUAUCCCGCAGCCCCAAACACCGAACCGAAAAAAUCUGUCCAUCUACCUUGCGUGUUACUCAACACAAAUUCGAAGAACGAGAACUUCUGCGGCCGUGAAGACGUCUUGGAACGUCUUGCGGCCGAGCUCUUGCCUUCGAAGAGCAUAGUGACAGCAUCAGGUACGGCUCUACAGCAAUUUGCACUUUGUGGAUUUGGGGGGAUUGGAAAGACUGAAAUAGCUCGCGAAUUCUCCCGCCGUCAUAGAGCUGCCUUUGAUGCAGUGUUUUGGGUGACGGCAGACGAGAUUGCGAAGCUCGACCAUCACUACCAGCAAAUAUCGUUGGCAUUGGGACUCGAAGACUCAUCGGAGUGCAAGAGCCAGGUUGUCAGUCGAGAGAUCGUAAAAGGGUGGCUCUCCAAUCCUCAAAAGUACCUAUCUGGGUACGAUGAGCUUGGUCAGCCCGAUCAAGCGAGGUCAGAAGCGACCUGGCUGCUUGUGUUCGAUAACGCAGACGAUCCAAUGAUCCUGGCGGACUACUGGCCCCAGGGCAGUGGAUCAAUCCUUAUCACCAGCCGCGAUCCAUUGGCUAAACGCAUGUUUACAGGAAGGACGUCAGGAUUGGAUCUCGGGCCAUUGACACAGCAAGAUAGUUUGUCGCUGUUCAACCAUCUCACAACCGUUUCUAACGAACCCGAAGCCAACACUGCGAAAAAAAUCUCCGAAGCACUAGGUGGUGUGCCUUUGGCCAUCUCACAGAUGGCAGGAAUCAUUCGCCGACAGGACCUGACCUUGUCCGAGUUUCUUGAGCUGUAUACAGAUCAUGAAGAACACGCCAAUCUUUAUGAGACAAAGUUCGAUGCUAACUUGAUCACAUAUCCUCACUCUCUGUCCACUGUUUGGGCGUUUGAGAAGCUAAAGCCUCAUGCGCGGCAGCUAUUGGAACUGAUUUCGUUUCUCGACCCGGAUUUCAUUGGAGAGGAUCUGUUGAUUGAAGCAUCAGUGGUAUUACUUUCGGAUGGCGCGCAGUUUAAGAAGAGUGCCUACAUCGAGGCUCGGACUGAUCUUCUGCAGUCAUCUCUUGUUCAAAGAGACAAGCAAAGACAGCAGUUAUCAGUUCAUCGUAUCGUACAGGAAGUUAUCAUGACAACAAUGGACGAGGCGAAGAAACGAUCCAUAUUCGAUCUGAUCGUACGAACUCUCUGGGCGGACUGGCCAUCGGCUAUGCCAAAGCCAUCGAAAGAGCCAGAAUUGCCUCAGCCCAAAUCAAGUGGUGGCAGACUGCAUGUUGGGAGGUGGCCUGUUUGUGCGGCGAUCUAUCCCCACGUUCUAAGGAUACACCAACUCUGGUCAGCGAUAUCAGAUCUCUCAGAAGCCACUAAGUUGCAUUUUGCAAAGUUGUUGAAUGAGGCUGCAUGGUAUCAGAAAGAGCGUGGUAGAACAAAGGAUUUUGAUGGCUUCUUUGAGACCGCUCGCAGCAUCUGCGAGUCCUCCAUACACCCGGAUCGGGACUCCCUGCUUGCAGAUAUAUAUUUCUGCCUAGGGGCUAUCUCCAUGGACGCAAGCGAUUUCGAUAAAAGUCGCGUUUAUAAAGAAUUGUCUUUGGCUCUAGUUUCCAAAAUUUGCAGAGAGCUGGGAACUGCUGACGAGAGAUUAUAUCUUGCAUACGCAGAGCGAGGCAUCUCACGCAUUCAAGACAAACGGUACGAAGAAGGUGAAGCUGAUCUCAAGGAAGCGCUACGGAUUCGUAAAGCUCUUGGUAGCUAUGUCCCCCGGUCUGGCGAGGUUAAUUUGAGCUGGUCCCUUCUUGCACAAGGAAAGCUGGAAGAGUGUGAUAAGCUUCUUUCGGAAACUCUUGCGGGCAGGGAAAAGGCGUUAGGCAAAGAUGACAGGGAGUCUGUGAGGACAGGACUGGUUCUGUAUGCACUUGGUAACCUCCGUGCUGCGCAAAAUCGGUUAGAUGAGAGUUUUGAGUAUCAUCAGCGAGCAAUGCGCCAUAUGCGCGCGACGGUGGGUGAGCGGGAUUUCUACACUGCGAAUGUCGCUCACAAGAUUGCCGAGCACUUGAUCCGCUUGGGUCGAAGCGAAGAGUCGAUUACCAUGGUCAAUGGGGCACUGGACGCCUGGUCUGUUGAUCCAAGUGCACACAAGAACGAGAUUGCCCGCACAACCUUCCUCAAGGGCCGCUUGUUUGAAGCAACAGGCAGAAGUCAAAAGGCUUCCAUUGCUUUCAGAGUCGCAUGCCGCCUGAGAAAGGAAAUAACUCAGGAGGAUCGGGAUAUGAAUAGCUUGACCAUGGAAGAUUUCGACGAGAUCGUUGCUUUUUGGGCUCGAUGA